UUGUCACUGAAAUGUAAAGUGUCAUUCACGACGUAAAAACAGAAACCUGAAGGCAGCGCGCGGUGACCGUUAUAAACGUUAACCGUCAGCUUUCUCCGGUUUGUCUCGGUGUUUUAACGAGUUCGUUAAGAAGUUAUUUAACUAUAUUUUUAUUAUUUAAGAAGAGGAAAGGUUCACGAUGGACGCCAAAGACCAGCGGCUGGAUCCUGUCCGCUGUUUCACCGUCAACAGUCUCCGGUUGGACCCGGAGAGAUGGCGGGAGUUCGUGUCGGAGGAGGAGAGCCGGGUGACCCUCAGCAGCUUCUUCAACACCCAGGACUACAGCCACCUGUUCAUCCACCAGGGCCCGGAGGACGGACUGUCAGCCAGCCUACACUUCCCCAAACAGGUCCACACGAAAAUCAUCCGGGUCUCCAAGACGGGCCGCGACGUCCUCACCAAGGAAAACACCAGAACCAGUCUAAUGAUCCAAGAGGAGCAGGGGGGAGAUGCUGUUAGCUCCAUCAUCACUGUGUGUCAGGAGCUGACCUGCCCGUUGCUUAGCAACCCGGAGACCAACAGCAGCUGGGCGGUGGGUGUGGCCGAGGAGGCUCUGAGGUCCAUGGAGACGCAGAAGAACGAGGCGCUGGUGAUGAAGGCUCACACAGGGGGACGUACCUUCCUGCCCCAACCUGACAUCCCCCAUGACGUCCAUCUCCAUGGCAACGAUGUCCAUGGCGACACUGAGGAGUGGAAGUUGUCAGACAGGAAGCUCCUCCACAACUGUGACUCCACCAUCAUCGAGUGGGCGGGGCUUGUGUCAGACUUCCUGCAGCAGGACUCGUGUCAGUCAGUACCGGACGGCCCGAAGCCCCUCCCCUCAGAGGAGUUCAGCUUCUGGACGAGUCGACUAAGGAACCUGGUCCACAUCCAGGAGCAGUUGAGCAGCAGCAGGGGUCAGCAGGUGGCGCUCCUGCUUCAGAGGGCAGACAGCGUGUACUGGUCCACUCUGAGAGACGUCCACAGAGACAUCCAUACAGGUGUGAAGGAAGCUGAAGACGUGACCCUGAUCCUGAGGCCACUGCAGGAGAAGCUGGAGCAGGUGGAGCAGAUGGAGUACCAGCAGCUGGGCGCCAACAUGGCGGCUGUGAUGGAGGCGGUCCGCCUGGUCUGGACUGGGUCUGAGUUCUACCGCAGACCCUGCAGGAUGGUGGUGCUGCUGCAGAAGAUCUGCAACCUGCUCGUACACUUGAGCAGGAAGUUCCUGCGUGGACAGGAAGUGAUGCGUGGUCUGAUGUCAGGUCCUGGUCCGGUCCUGGAUGAUGUCAGACUGGUGAUCUGGACUCUGCAGAGCUUUAAAGAGGCGUACAUUCAAUGCAGGACUCUGCUGGAGAACCAGAACCAGGAGGGAGACACACACACCUGGGACUUCCCUUCACACCUGGUCUUCUUCCACCUGGACAACUUCCUGACACGGCUGCACAGCAUCCAGGAGGUGCUGUGUGUCAGUCUUCAGCUCCAUCAGUUGGAUCAGGUGGUGUUGUCCGGUGUGGACGGCAGGAUGUGGACAGACGUGGUUCAGGGCGUGUAUGAGGACUUCCUGUGUCAUGUGACGGCUCUCUCCGACUGUGACUAUGACCCCACCGACCCCGACGACCAGAGCUUUGAGCUGCACCUCGAUCAGUUUGUGGUUCAGGUGACAGACCUGGAGUCCCGGCUGGUGUCUGUUCUCAGCAGAGCCUUUGAGGACUGCUGCGACUCGUCCUCUGCAGCACAGUUGGUGAAGAUGUUCAGGUUCCUCUUGGACCGUCCUCUGAUCCAGAAUCAGGUGCGUCCUCACCUGAUCCGACUGGUGGAGACGGUUCUGGUGGAGCUGGAUCAGACCGAGCGGCUGUUGUCCAGUCAGAAAGACAGAGCAGGAACAUUCAGCAGGUUCAGUCCGACUGCUGCAGCUCGUCUCUGCUGGACUCAACACCUCCAACACAGAGCUGAAGACGCUGUGAACAGCUACCGGACUGUGAAAGACCUGUUGGUGGACUCAGGUGAGUCCGUGCAGGUUCAGCAGAGGUUCCUGCAGAUUGUGGACCUGCUGCAGGACUUCAGAGACCAGGUGAGAUCAGACUGGAGCCGUCAGCUGGACUCAGUCUGUGAAUUCAUCCUAGAUCAACCUCUGAUACAACACGAGCAACAAGGCAUGCUGGGAGUUCAUUGCAGACACCAGGUGGAGACGGCACUCAGGGAGCUCAGGUAUGUGAGCAGGGAGACAGAUGUGGAGCUCCACCCCCUCACUGCCCGACUUUUGACCUGUAGAGAUGACAUCACACAGAGCUACCUGAGCCUGAGUCACAUGGUGUCGUGCUACAACCAGGUGGUGAGUGACGUCCUGCAGGUGGAGCGUCCUCUGAUCCAGGACCAGCUGCAGGACCUGAACCGGACUCUGUCAGAACUACAGACCGAGACCUGGACCUGUGAAGGUGUGCAGCACCUGGUGGAGCAGCACAGACACAGAGUGUUGAUCUUCCACUCCACAGUGAGCGAGGCCAGGGCCAACAUGGACGCCAUGACACACAUCAUACAGGGCUGGGCGGAGCUUCAACUGCUUCAGCACUCAGGUGAGUCACUGCUGGAAGGCGGAGCUACAGAGCAGAGCUACAGACGAAUCAGAGAGGACGGACAGGAGCUGCUGAGGUUAACACAGGUGAACUGCGGUCUGUAUGGAGCAGAGGACUCCUCUGACACCUGGAUCAGGUAUCUGGACCACAUCGAUGACCUGGUCCAGGAUGGACUGCUCCAGCUACUGCUCAGAUCACUGCACUUCCUGUCUGACAACACAAACCCACAGAGGUGCAGUGGUGUGUUGUUUGUGGUCCGUCUGCAGCUUCAGGAAACAGGAAGUGUGUUUGAGCCGUCAGUGGGCGGCGGCCUCUUUGACCUUGUGAAGAGCAUCAUCACUGACAUUUACACAGCAGCCAAUCAGCUGGCCAGGAUCUCUGUGAGUCGCCAUGGCAACUACCAGGAGACUCUGCAGCAGUGUCAGGACCUCCGUGCGUUGGAACAGGAAGUGAUGCGUCACAUGCAGCAGGUGAGGGACGAGGCGGAGAGUCUGAGGGAGGGGCUGGACAGGUACGCGCACCUGUGGGAGAGUGACAGGCAGGGCGUGAUGCACGAGUUCCUGAAGUACGGCCGACAGGUGAGACCUGAGGAGCCGGACGCUGAGGAGACCCCGCCCACCCUGAAGGACGUCCAGAGAGAGAUCGAGUCGCUCCACAGACUGAGCGAGCAGGUGACUCACCUGGAUGAUGUCAUCGUUCUGCAUGGCUGGCUGCAGGUCGACCUCCGACCUUUCAGAGACUCUCUGCUGUCAAUCAUCUACGACUGGAGACACAUGUACACAGAGUACCUGCUGGACUCCGUCAGUGACAGUCUGCAGCAGGUGAGGUGGCGUCCUGAUGAUGAUGAAGAGUUGUCGUCGAGGUUCCCUCUGACAGAAUCCGUCAUCCUGCUGGAGGCGGCAGGAGUCCAGCUUCCUGAACACCUGUCUGCACACCUACAGGUAGUGACAUCACUGUGACAUCACACUGUCAACAUGGUGACAUCAGCUGUUUACCAGCAGGUCGUAACACGCAGACCCCACACCUGGUGUUACCUGUGUGAUUGGAUCAGACUACUUCCUGGUCUACAGUGAAGGCCGCCCACUCACACAGGAACAGGAAGUGACAUCAGGUGUGAACUGGCAUACUGUCCACCUGUGAUUGGAUCAUCAUGGUAAUGCCAGGUGUCAACAAACACAAGCUCCGCGCACACCUGCUCUGAGACAGGAAGUUGCAUGACUGACGUAAAGCUGUGGCUGUGUCCGAAAUCACUCACUCAUUCCCUACAUAGGGAAAUAAAUGUAGUGGACUAU